UAGUUAAGGAAAGGGCAAAAUUAGAAUUAAGAGAUCCUGAAAUAUAUCGUGACAAAGUACCUGAUAAGCGGGCAUAUGGUAACCCUUAUAAAAAUCCCGACAAAUAUAAGAAAGCUGUUCAGCAACGUCGAGCUCCAAAGAUGCCUCCAAAAGAGCGACAAAGAUUAUUAACGGCUCCUACGGGAAUCGUUUUUAAUGGUUUAACCGAGAAAGAGAUUUUACCUUUUAAUAUAGUACCCGGAAGACAAAUAAUAUUAAACAUACCGAAAGUACACGUAAAUACUUCGUUGCCAAGAAAUCCUUUGGAGGUUGUUCCAGUAGUUAAUAAUAAAAUAAAUGGCCAGAUGCGUAUUUAUAGCACUAAAUCUUUAACGCCGCCACCGACACCUCCAAAUAAUAAUGAAAUGUCAACAACAAACUUGUCGAAUGUUAUGGAAAUUGAUGAUGAUAUACAUAAUAUACCAAUACCAGUAAAUGAACCCAAUGGUGUUUUAACUCCAAAUCAUGAACAAUCUAUGAUCCAGAAA